AUGAAGAAGAUCAAAAUCUUUCAAUUAUUCUUAUUAGCAUCCAUGCUCUGCUUGAUCGGAUGUAAAAAAAAUGAAACACAACAAGAAAACAGUUCAUUCGUAAUAAAGGGUGAUAGUGUUUUUGUUAAGAAUAAUGAUGCCGUUUUUUCGCAAAUCAAAUUAUCCGAGGUCGAAACCGUACCUUAUUCGAAAGAAGUAAUAACUGCAGGAACAGUUCAACCACUACCUACACAGUUUGCAUAUAUUGCACCUCCUUUUGCUGGUCGGGUGGUCAAAUCAUAUAUAAAAUUAGGACAGAAAGUUAAAGCAAAUACCCCUUUGUUUGAAAUUGUUUCUCCCGACUUUACAAAUACACAGAAAGAGUUUUUUCAAGCAAAAUCUGAGAAAGAAUUAGCACAGAAAGAAUUACAACGUAAACAAGACUUGUUGAGCAACGGGGUUGGAUCUCAGAAAGAAAUGGAAGAGGCAGCAAGCAUUCUUCAAAUAGCCGAAAAAGAGUAUGAGAAUACCUACGCAGCAUUGCAAGUAUACCAUGUAAAUGCAGAAAAUAUGGCUUUAGGGCAACCUCUUAUUAUACGUUCUCCUAUAGCAGGUGAGGUCAUAGAAAACAAUGUUAUAACAGGACAAUAUAUAAAAGAUGACUCUGAUCCUAUUGCUAUUGUAGCUGACUUAUCAGAAGUGUGGAUAAGUGCUCAAGUAAAAGAAAAAGACAUACGCUUCAUCCACGAAAAUGACGAAAUGGAUAUUUUUAUUGCUGCAUAUCCCGAAAAAACGCUUAAAGGAAAAGUUUUCCAUGUCGAAGAAGCUGUAGAUGAUGAUACAAGAGCCAUUAAAGUACUAUCGUUUGUGGACAAUAAGGAUGGACUGCUUAAAAUAGGAAUGUAUACAACAGUUCAUUUCUUAGACAAACCGGCAGACUUUAUUCAAAUACCGGAAACAGCACUUCUCCAAGGAGAGAAAAACAGCUAUGUAUUUGUACAAAAAUCACCAGAUAUAUUUAUUAAAACCCCUGUAGAAGUAGAAGCCACUAUGGACGGUACAGCCAUUAUAUCUAAAGGGCUGUCAAAAAAUGAUGUUAUUAUUAGCGAAGGUGGAUACUAUUUAAAAUAA